GAAAGAAAAGAAAAAAGGAAAAACAGCAGGGAGCCAAACCUAGCUCCUUCUAUCACUUGAACAAACUCCAUUGGAGUCGCACAAUGUCUGAUCCACAGCUGAGGCUUCUUCUCUAGAAAAGAAUUGCUCCCAUUUCAGUGCCGCCCUUUGUUUCGAUAUCAUUAUGGGGCAUGGUGGUUAUGGGAAACGCAAAAUUCCUGACGCCGCUAACAACAGAAACCGGCGAGGACCCAAACCUAAAUCUUUAGCUGUUGAUAAGAAAUCCAAAUCAAAGUCAAAGCCUAAGGCUAAGGCUGUUUCUAUCAAGAAUCAAAUGCGCUCCAUCGAACGCAUGCUCCGCAAAGAUUUGCCUCCUGAAAUUAGAGAAGUUCAAAAACAGAAGUUGGACGAACUCAAAAAACAGCAAGAGCUUCACAGUCGUCUGGCUGUGGAACGCAAAAUAUUUCUUCACAACAGGAAGGUUAAAUUUUUUGAGAGAAGAAAAAUUGAGAGAAGAAUAAGACGUUUGGAGAAACAGCAGCGCACUUCAUCUGGUAAGGCGCAAGAAACAGAAAUUUCUGAACAACUUGCUAAAUUGAAAGAGGACCUUGAAUAUGUUCGGGUGAGCUUCUGAUUAGUUUACCCGUUUCUUAUGUUCUUUGGUUUCCAUCUCCGGUUGAGUUCAGCUCUGUUUCUCACAGUAAUGAUCUUUUCACUGAAGCAGUAAGAUUUAGAGUUU